AUGUGGGAGUACUUCUCCCACCUUCUGGAUCAUGUGCAGAAGCGCAAGGAGAAGUUCCCCAACCGGCGCUUCUACAUCACGGGGCACUCCCUGGGCGGCGGCCUGGCCAAGUUGGUCGCCUCCAAGGUGUCGAUGCAGGCGGUGACCUUCAUGGCUCCGGGGCUGGGCACCACGGGCUACGUGGUCUUCCGGGAGCACCGCAACGAGGAGCUGCGGCACAGCGCCCUGACCAUCAUGCCCGAGAACGACGUGGUCUCCCGCGUUGGAGCCCUGAACCGUAUGGAUCUUUGA